GGCGGAACACCAGCGAGGACGAAUCAGAGAAUUCCGCGAGCCAGAGAUCUUCAUCCCUAGCUAGAUUAUGACCACCCUCGUCAAGCAGCUCCAACUAUUCCUGCUGCUGCUGACAACAUUCUUCCGAGAGUAUCAAUCGUUGCUAGACCUGGACGGUAUAAUCAACUACGGCCCUGCGGAAGAAUCUCUGAACAGGGUGGACCCCAAGGGGCAAAAGUACGACUUUAUCAUAGUAGGCGCGGGAUCGGCCGGAUCGGUGUUGGCCAAUCGCCUGUCCGAGAACGAACGAUGGAAGGUGCUGCUUCUGGAGGCUGGAGGCACCGAGACCUCGUUGCAGCAGAUCCCCAUUCUAUGCGGCUACUUUCAACUGCUCUCGCGGUUCAACUGGGGCUACAAGGUGGAGCCUCAGGAGAACGCGUGCCUCGGUAUGAUCGAUCGGCGGUGCUCGUGGCCGCGGGGGAAAACUCUCGGUGGUACCAGCACCAUUAAUUACAUGAUCCACACGAGAGGAGUGAAGGCCGAUUACGAUAACUGGGCCGCGCUGGGCAACGAGGGCUGGUCUUACGACGACGUUCUUCAUUAUUUCAAGAAGAGCGAGAAGUUCAAUAUUCCAGGCUCGCACAACACGUCGUAUCACGGCUACAAAGGCAACUUGUGCGUGGAGCACGUGCCCUACCACACGGAGCUGGCCAGAGCCUGGCUGAAAGCCGGAAGAGAGCUCGGCUACGACAUCAUCGACUACAACGGCAACGAAGAGGUCGGCUUCUCCUACCUGCAGCUGAACAUGGACAGAGGGACCAGGUGCAGCGCGUCCAAGGCCUAUCUGCGUAUCGAUCGACAAAACCUGAACGUAGUGACGAACGCCAGGGUCGUUAGGUUGCUCGUCAACGAGAAGACGCGGCAGGCGUACGGCGUCGAGUACGUGAAACACGGCCAACGAAACAGAGUGUACUGCACCAAGGAGGUGAUCCUCUCGGCGGGCACCAUCGACUCUGCGAAACUGUUGAUGCUGUCGGGCAUAGGUCCCGAGGAACAUCUGCGACAGUUAGGCGUCAAUGUGAUCCAAAACUUGAAGGUCGGCUAUAACAUGUACGAGCACAUAGGUUUCCUAGGUCUGACGUUCGUGGCGAACGAGACGGUGUCGUUGCUGCAAAGCAGAGUGACACGUCCCAGCGUGGCUCUGCAGUAUCUGCUGAGCAGAAGCGGCAUGAUGUCGAUCCCGGGUGGUGCUGAAGCGGUGGCCUUCCUCAGGACCAAGUACGCGACCGACAGCAGAGCCGACGUCGAGCUGUUGUUCGCGUCUGGAGGACUCAGCUCCGACGGCGGCCUACCACUGAAGAAAGCCCUGAGGAUAACCGACCAGCUGUACGACACCGUGUACAAACCGAUAGAGGAGAAGGACGUGUGGACGGUCUGGCCUAUCGUUCAGUACCCGAGGAGCGUCGGCAGGCUCACGCUGAGAUCCAGCGACCCGUUCGCGCCACCUCGAAUGGACCCUAAUUUCUACUCGCAUCCGUACGACUUGGAACUGGUCUUGGAAGGAUUGAAACUGGCUGUUAACAUAUCGAGAACCAAAUCGUUCCAGAGGUACGGCAGCAAGCUGCACGACGUCAAGUUCCCGGGCUGUGCGAGCUUCGAGUUCGCCACCGAUGAUUAUUGGAGGUGUGCUAUCAAACACCUGCCCUCGAUGAUGAACCACGAGAUCGGCACGUGCAAAAUGGGACCCGAGAGCGAUCCUGACGCUGUCGUCGAUCCCAGGUUGAGGGUGCACGGUGUCAGAGGAUUGAGGGUGGUUGAUGCCUCGGUGAUGCCCACCAUGCCCAGGGGACACGUGAACGCCGGGAUUUUUAUGAUCGGGGAAAAAGCAGCUGACAUGAUCAAGGAAGAUUGGAAGUGAUUGGUGUCUUCUUUUUUUUUUUAUUUUAAUGUAUUUUAAUGUAUAGUGUCUUUGGUGAGACAACGAAAUUACGGGAAUCUCCUCGAAGCUACCUCCAGAUUUUCUUCUUCGCCGUUAAUUAA